AUGAAUGUUCUAUCACUCAAGGCUAUUGUCUCUUCUGGUUCUUUCCCCGCUAUGGUUCUUUUUUCUCUUCCCGAUGGUACGGGCUACAGUCUUCCAACUUGCCACAACACUCUCCUCCCCGCCUUCGCAGUCGCCACUGGUGGUGCCUACGCUUGCAAUGUCAUCCACUUUUUUUCUCGCAUGCGCUACCUCAGCUCUGACGCCAAUGGCUUCAACCUCUCCUCUAUCAUCUCAUCUGUCGUAAAUGUCAUUGAGCAAUUCCACUCUCUCACCAUCGUCUCAGUUCUUAACUCCUAUGUCUCUAUUAACAACUCCCUCAUCAACAGCUACAAUGAAGGUGACUUUUUGGUCGAAGUCAAGCCAGUUUUUGAUGAGAUGUUCUACAAAAGCUUGUUUCAGGUAAUGGUGAGGAAAGGCUUCGAAAUCGACAUAUUUAUGCUCGUCAACAUGCUCACAACAUUCAUGGUCAUGAAGGAUUCAACCGGAGGUGCACAGUUCCAUGUGCAUAUGAGCAAGAAUGAUUUUGCAAGAAAAUCUCAUGUUGACAGCGGCUUGAUUGACAUGUCCUCGAAGGUUGGCUGGAUAGUUGAUGCGAUGAAGGUCUUCAAGGAGGUUGAUGAUCCUAAUUUGGUCGUGUGGAACACAAUGAUCUCAAGUGCAUGCUCGAAUUUGUCAUCCCCGUCACAAGGGAAGCAAAUGCAUGGACUAACCAUUAAGACUAAGUCGCCAAGCAAUCAAACCUUUGUUGAUAAUGCACUAGUUUCCAUGUACGCGAAGUGUGGAAAUCUCAAAGAUGUGAGUAUGCUUUUCGAGAUGAUGCCCCAACGUAAUAUGGUCUCAUUCAAUACUAUGACCAUAGCUUAUGCUCAGCAUAGACUUGGUUUGGAAGCAUUGGAGUUGUUCAAAGUGAUACUUGAUACAGAAAAUGAGCCCACAAGCAUCAUAUUCAUCUUGGUGUUGUCUGCAUAUGUUCACACUAGGAAGGUUGAUGAAGGAUUGGAGUAUUUUGAUUCUAUGAGACAAAAGUGUGAUAUUGAACCCAAAGAAAUCGCCGGGAGCCAUUCCCCCGAUCUCUUCUCUGUUCACCGAUACCCUGUUCUUGAUCCUCAUCUUCUUGUGAUUGAUAGCAGCAAGGUGAGGUCUUGUUCUGUUCUGGCUGUGGAGUUGUUCUUGGUUCCGGCAACACUUCAACCAGUAGCUUCUCUGGUUCCAGCAAUCAACAGCAACUGGAUCGAGGUAAGGUUUGGAUUCUAG